GUUCCACGUCAUGAAACUACAAAUCCCAGGACCGCUGUCGUCUGGAUGCAAAAUCCCUUGGGAACAAUACUGAAAACGUUUUUUUUUUCUACUCAUUAUUGCAAGAAAGAGUCAAAUGUGCCUCGCAUGUUUGUUACGUCUUCCCCCCCCCCAUAACGCGAAACCAGUCGCAAUGAUAUAAAAAUACGAUUUUACAGAUCAAGCAACAUAAUAUUCUCGUGUCCAGGUUAGUAUACACAGGACCUGGGCUGGUAUUCCUGAGCGAAGUGGGAGUUUCCAGGAAGUAGCCAUAUUGGAUUCAUUGAGCGGUUACUCUGUAUCAUUCCAUAGAGAGAAAGACGGAAGACUGCCUUCAACCAGAUUAUUACAUAUUCACACACAGGAGCCAUGGCUGCCACGGAUAUAGACAAGUCUUCAAAUGAAGAAAAGCGGAAUCUCAGUCUAGGCGGCCAUGUCGGGUUCGACAGUCUUCCUGACCAGCUGGUCAGUAAAUCAGUAGCACAGGGUUUCUGUUUCAAUAUACUCUGUGUAGGUGAAACUGGCGUCGGCAAGUCCACGUUAAUGAACACCCUUUUUAACACAACGUUUGAAAAUGAAGAAGCCAGCCAUUAUCAAAACGGGGUGUACCUUCGCCCGAGGACGUACGAUUUGCAGGAGAGCAACGUCCACUUGAAGCUGACCAUCGUAGACACUGUGGGGUUUGGAGAUCAGAUCAACAAAGAGCAGAGCUACAAGCCCAUAGUCGACUACAUUGACACACAGUUUGAAAACUACCUGCAAGAAGAACUGAAGAUCAAGCGUGCACUCUUUAACUGCCAUGACACAAGAAUUCACAUCUGCCUUUACUUCAUCGCUCCAACAGGACAUUCCCUCAAAUCCUUGGACUUAGUUACCAUGAAAAAGCUGGAUAGCAAGGUGAAUAUCAUCCCAAUUAUUGCAAAGGCUGAUACCAUUUCUAAGAGCGAGCUGCACAAGUUUAAGAUCAAGAUAAUGAGUGAGCUUGUUAGCAAUGGAGUUCAGAUCUAUCAGUUUCCAACUGAUGACGAGGCCGUCACAGAGAUCAAUGCUUCAAUGAAUGCCCAUCUUCCCUUUGCUGUUGUUGGAAGCACAGAAGAAGUGAAAGUGGGCAAUAAACUGGUUCGAGCCAGACAGUACCCUUGGGGUGUGGUUCAGGUGGAGAACGAGAGUCACUGUGAUUUCGUGAAACUGCGGGAGAUGCUGAUCCGGGUCAAUAUGGAGGAUCUCCGAGAACAGACGCACGCUCGCCACUACGAGUUGUACAGGCGCUGCAAACUGGAGGAGAUGGGUUUCAAAGACACAGAUCCUGACAGCCAACCGUUCAGUCUACAGGAAACGUAUGAGGCCAAGAGGAAGGAGUUCAUGGGAGAUCUGCAGCACAAGGAGGAGGAGAUGAGGCAGAUGUUUGUCAACAAGGUCAAAGAAACAGAGGCCGAACUGAAGGAAAAAGAGAGAGAGCUGCAUGAUAAGUUUGAGCAGCUCAAGAGGAUGCACCAAGAGGAGAAGAGGAAGGUGGAGGAGAAGAGGCGAGACCUGGAGGAAGAGAUGAACGCCUUCAACAGACGGAAGGUGGCGGCAGAAACACUCCAGGCGCAGUCUCUACAGGCUGCAUCGCAGCAGCCGCUGAAAAAAGACAAAGACAAGAAAAACUUCUUUAGUCUUCCGAGUGCGUGCUCCUUAACAUCAGGAAGACAUUUUAAUUAGAAGAUUUAAAAAAAGCCAAAACACCCCAUGCAGAAGGAUUAACUUUUGGUGCUUUCAAAUUUAUGCUUCCAAAAGUCACCACUUAAACUUGUGUUACAUGACAAAACUCCAAGUGCAUCCUGCACAACGGCUGCUGAGCUGUUUCUGUUAAGCUGUGUCAUUGCCAAACCCAUUGCAGUUCUAAUAAGCAAGCUAAUGCAUGACAACAUAUAGUUUGCUGUGAAAUGUUUUAUUAACUGUAUAUCUAAAGCUUGAUCUUACAAGCACCUAUUAGGAAUGCAUUAGAAUCCUAAUGUAUACACUGGCUUACGCUAACAUGUUUCUUUAGCGGUUGCCUCUCUUAAAUACUGAUUGCUAAAGCUGUUGUGUUGCUGUUUAUUUUGUGCUAGAAUGUUUUGCGCUGUAACAGUAGAGAUGUAAGCUUUCUUAUCCUAAACCUGUUUAAUAUACCAACAUUCCUGAGCAAUAAGCACUUUACAUAUAUGUAUAUUUGUUGUACACAAUUGACAAUAACUUUCAUUAGUUCAAGCUUUAUGGAUGAUUGUUUAAGACCCAUGUUGUAAGUGAAUCUUCAUGUUCAUUGAUCUGAUUUUUCUGUUGUAGAUAGAGAAGUCUCUUGAAGAUAGUAAAUUAAUUUGUUUUGUUGAAGAUGCUGUAUUUUUUUUCUAAAGGUUUAUUGACAAAACACUAUUUAAAUCACUAUCCCCCCCCCCGCCCCGCCCCGCAUGAAGAUCGUACAGUAUUUGCUAUUUGAGUGUUUUGUAUAGUUAAAAUUGAAGCCCCAGAUAAGAGUAGAAGUUACUUUCAUUUUUUAAAUAAAAUAAUAAAAACUAUUACACAACAUGUUCAAAAAAAGAAUAUAGCAUCUUUCAUCUACAUUGUUUCCUUUCUAAUAUUAGCCAACAUUUACUAAAUGAUAAAAAAAAAAAUAUGGUACAGAGUUGUAUCACAUCUGCUUGUUACCAAUAAAGAUUUUUUUUAAACUGUG